CCUGAACGGUUUGUGUUUUUAACCCUAAGCUUCGAGCAAUGUGAACGGAAGGAGAGGAGAAGAAUGAAGGAAAUGGAGGAGAAGAACAAGUCUUAACACCGUGCAAAAGAAUCAAGGAAUCUAUGCAUGUUUUCAAGGAUGGAUCGUUGAAAUCAAUUCAAAAUGGAAAAGAACAAAGCGAUGUUUCAUGCAAGGCCACUGGGAAUUUCCGCGCUGGCGAAAUCAAACGUAUUAUGUUUAGCGGAGCCAAAAUUAAAUCAGCGGCCCAAAAAUAAAACAAAAAGUUGAAGACGGUAAAAACAACAUUUAAGCCAACACGGAAAUAUCCAUCUAUGAGAGCGUCCCGCAUAUCAAGGCAGAAAAAUACAAGAAAGAAUUGAGGGUUUUUUCAAGGGCAGCUUUGCUCCCGGGACCGAGCAACUUUUUGCUGUAAUUCUUCAAUUUUUUAGUUUGUUUAGCCCCUCCUUUGAUUUGUGAUUUCCCGAUGAUUUUGCCGGGUUGAAUUCUUGCAGUCGAUUUUGGCGGGAGGGGUGAUUUACUUAGGGCUAGGAUUUCCAUGUAAAUUGGCAGGGGAAAGUCUGGAUUUGAAGAGAUGGGUGACAGUGCCGUGCAGAAUCCUUUGGUGGAUUUGGAAGCUCCAGAUGAUCGGAUCGAACUUGAUGAGUUUAUGAGCAUCUUGCAAGAGGAACCCCUUCAGUCAUAUGAUUUACAAGAGAAUCCCAUUGCUGUUCCGCAAUAUAAUUUUUUUGAGAACCAGGUAAAGCCUUUACCACGGGAGAAUGGUGAUGACCAUCAAUCCAAUAAUUACGUGCCUCUAGUGGGUUUGGUCCAUUUGGAAUCCUUGAACCACACUUACUCCCAACAACAUAAUGAAGCUUCAUUGAACUCACAACUCCCCAAGGAUGCUGAUAUGCAAAAAUUUUACGGCCUCCAAGGUGCUGGUGAGUCUUCUCUUUCUGAAUUGCUGGAUGCAUCGGUAUCAGAUUGCUUGAAUUUAAGUGCAGGUGACAGUUCCCAACCAGAUGAUCAAUGUGGUAGUGCUGGUAGUUCACAGUCAGAUCUUUAUGAAGAUUACCUGGAUGAGCUGAUUCCUUUUGCUGAUUCUGAAAGACCUCAGCAGACAAGUGGCUCAGAUUUGACACCUGAUUGGAUCUCCCUGUCAAUUUCAGAUAAUAACAAUUUGAUAGAUGUUCCUUCUUUAAAUCCUUCGAAUACAGCAAGAGAGGCGAAAAUGUUUGGUGGGAUUAAUGGUAGUUCCUAUUCACAAAAUCUAAAAUUAAAUCCAAACAAUAUUGACAAGUCUGUUCCAGAAAGGAGUUGCCAGGUACCGGCAACAAGGGAGCUGGUUGACCUUACUCAGACAGAUAGUGACGAUGAAAUUGAAAUAAGGACAGAACAAUUUGGAAACAAUUUCGGAUAUAAUGGGGAUAAUGCUGAUGCUUUCAGAAAACAUCACUCUUGGGGUCAAAAUGGGAAUAAUGUUGAUGUUCGAAAACUUCCCUCGUGGUGUCAAAAUGGGGAUAAUGUUGAUGUUAGAAAACUUCCUCCUUGGGGUCAGACAUCAGGGAAAAGCUUAAUGAAAAAAGAUUGCAUGCAUGCAGAAUCUAAAGAACCAUCCUGGAGGAACUCGACCCUUACAGAUACUUCGGAUUGGAAUAGUAGAAAGCCACCUAUUAAUGCACAAGAAAGAAGAGUACUUGGGAUACAAUCUCAGGGGGUUUCAGGAGCUGCUGUAGGUCAUGGAAUAUUUAAAGAAAAGAAUUCAGUUACAGGGAAUUCUUAUCAGCAUGGUGAUUUUAAAUUUGAACAAGUACAUCAGGUCAAGGAGGAAUGGACAAGUGGAGUCUCUUUCUCUAAUUGGAAAUCAGGUCCUGUGAAUCUUGAGAUGGAGGCCAAUGAAAAGCCUACCUCAUAUUUGAAUGAUGAUUCAGAUACAGAGAUUCCUGAUAACAACGUUAGACGGCAUCUUCCUCCGAAUUUAGCUCCUGGAAUCCCCUGGACAAAGACAGAGGAUGAAAGACAAGCUUACAAAGCAGCACUUCAGGACUUGGCUCAGCCAACAUUGGAAGCAAGCCCUGAUGAUGGCCUUUUGGCUGUUUCUUUGCUUAGGCACCAGAGGAUUGCCUUGGCAUGGAUGGUUCAAAAGGAGACAAGCAAUAUACAUUGUGCUGGGGGAAUUCUUGCAGACGAUCAGGGGCUUGGGAAGACAGUGUCAACAAUUGCUCUAAUUUUGAAGGAGAGACCAGCUUACCAAUUUCUUCAGGAAGAUACAAGUAAAGUAAAACUUGAAACAUCUGCAGUCAAUCUUGAUGAAGAUGAUGUGACGGCAAAAGACUUUGAAAGGAAUUCAACAAAUAACAGUUCAAAUGAUUUGACUUCGAAGGAAAGCACACAUCCUGUAAAGAAAGGCCGCCCUUCUGCUGGUACUUUAGUUGUGUGUCCAACAAGCGUUCUAAGACAAUGGGCACAGGAAAUCCAAGACAAGGUGACAACCAAAGCCAAUGUGUCUGUUCUAGUGUAUCAUGGGAGCAACAGGACAAAGGAUCCUAAUGAGCUGGCAAAAUAUGAUAUUGUUCUAACUACUUACAGCAUUGUAAGUCUGGAGGUUCCAAAACCAGAAUUAGGUGAUGAUCAUGAGGAAUCAGAAAGAAAUCGAGACGAUUGUGGCUUAAUCGAUGCUUUUACUGACAAGAAGAAGAAGAAGAAGAACAAUUCAGAGACUGCUAAGAAAAAGAAUAGAAAAGGAGGGAGUGAUUCCUCAAGUGAACUUAUUCCUCGUCCUCUUGCAAAAGUGGGAUGGUUUAGGGUGGUGCUGGAUGAAGCUCAGAGCAUAAAGAAUCAUAGGACUCAGGUUGCUAGAGCAUGUUGGGGUUUGCGAGCUAAAAGAAGGUGGUGUCUAUCUGGGACACCAAUCCAAAACUCGAUUGAUGAUCUUUACAGCUACUUCAGGUUUCUCAAGUAUGAUCCUUUUGCUAUUUACAGGUCAUUUUGUUCAGAAAUAAAGAUGCCGAUUUCCAGAAAUCCAUCAGCAGGAUACAAAAAGCUGCAACUUGUUCUAAAGAAAAUAAUGCUCCGGCGAACAAAAUGUACUUUCAUUGAUGGAGAGCCUAUUAUAAAUUUACCACCAAAAACUGUUACCUUGAAGAAAAUUGAGUUCUCUUUGGAAGAGCGUGAAUUCUAUCAGAAACUUGAGAUAGACUCUCAAGCUCGAUUCAAGGUGUAUCAAGAUGCUGGAACUGUGAAACAGAACUAUGUUAACAUAUUAUUGAUGUUAUUACGUCUUCGUCAGGCAUGUGAUCAUCCUCUUCUUGUUAAAGCAUGCUCAUCUGAUACCACUUGGAGAUCGUCUGCAGAAAUAGCAAAGAAACUGCCUAGCGAAAAGCUGAGUGAACUCAUAAAUAGUUUGGAAGGUUCAUUGGCUAUCUGUGGAAUAUGUAAUGAUGCCCCAGAAGUAGCUGUUGUUACUCUCUGCGGUCAUGUAUUUUGCAAUCAGUGCAUAUUAACCCACCUCACUCAGCCUGAUGAAGCUAUUUGUCCUUCCCCAAAUUGCAAGUGUCAGCUGAAAGCAGAUUCAGUAUUCUCUUUAGCCACUUUACAGAAUACCAUACAGAAACGUGUUUUGGGUGAUCAAAUUACUGAUGGGACUUUGGAAUGUUCGUCAGACGAAUCAGUUACAGAUUCCCAGGAUAUGGAGAUAACUUCAUCAAAGAUUAAAGUUGUUCUGGAUACUCUGCAAGCUCUUCAAAGGGUACGCACUGGUGUCCCAUGGAGCCCUUCUGUCAAUAAUAUGGAUAAAGAUGCAGGUUAUCAGGGCAGCAUGCCAGAUGAUAUUCUACAUGAGAAUGCAAGCGAAUUGUCUGAGGAAAUAAAUCCAGAUAUGCAGCCAAGUCAGAAGAAGCGCAUCAUAGAGGCUCCAGAAAAAGCAAUAGUAUUUUCCCAAUGGACUAGCAUGCUUGAUUUGCUUGAGGGUCAACUCAAAAAAUCAUGCAUUCAGUAUAGAAGAUUGGAUGGAACAAUGUCUGUGCUAGCAAGGGACAAAGCUGUGAAUGAUUUCAAGACAUCUCCAGAGGUAACUGUGAUGAUAAUGUCCCUAAAAGCUGCAAGCCUUGGUCUCAACAUGGUUGCUGCCUGUCAUGUUCUCCUCCUUGACCUUUGGUGGAAUCCAACAACCGAAGACCAAGCUAUUGACAGAGCACAUCGAAUCGGACAAACACGCCCUGUCCAGGUUUCUCGGUUUACUGUUAAAGAUACUGUUGAAGACCGUAUUUUAGCUUUGCAGGAACGAAAACGAUUAAUGGUUGCCUCAGCAUUUGGGGAGGAUGAAUCUGGUGGUCGUCAAUCACACCUUACAGAAGAAGACUUGAGAUACCUUUUUAUGACUUGAGUCCGUGUUGCUAAUAGAUUGAUGGGGUAGGGAUUAGAAACAAUUGUGCAGGAGUUGAGGAACGAAUUUGUAGUCAUUCUAUAAUGUAUCUUUACUUUUUUGCUGCCCGAGAAAUAGUUCUGGGAAUGCACUGUUACAAGUUGUACAUGGAAGUAAUUUUUUGAGCUGUAUGCUCCGUACCAUUAACAUUGCUGUCCUGGAAGGGUUGCUUGCAGGCUGGCUAACAUGAGUUUUUGUUCAUACGAAAUGAUGUGUUUGACUAUAUCCCUAUCUGAUGCCAGCCCUCGGUUAUCAGGAGAAUUCUUAAGUAUGAACUUAAAAGAUGGUAACAUCUCAGAUGUACCCUUGCAUUGGGCUUCAGUUCUCAGAAUUCAACAUUUUUCUGUAAAAGGAUGUUCAUCUACUUUACAGUAUUGACAUGUAUGAGAAAUUUUGGAGGCAUCUAUCUUUGGAAGCA